UGGCGGCAUUGCUCACGCUACUAAUAAUAUACAGUCUAGCACUACUAGUACUCGAGCGGAGUUCCAAAGUUGAAUGUUGUUGUGUGGAAACUAUGUCAUGGCCAUCGUAUCCGUGUGUGAUCAAAUCACUGGAAAACAAAUGAACCAAUAAAGAGACUGUAUUGAAAUGGGACUUUCCCAUUGAAUCAUAAUAGUUCUACCAUCGAAGAUUGGAAGGAUAGAAUUGUAUUGGCCAUCCCAUGUUAAGGCUACGGUGAAGAUUACACUUUCUGGGCGAGUUUACACACAAGAAGUAGCCUUGCUCUCUCCACGUAUAAAACUGAUCGUCCAGUUCAAAGAUUGCCCCUAACGUGCGAAGUGAAAUCAACGGAGAUAUUCCAUCAUUUUGAAUUGAGGGUUUCAUCCAUCACCAUGACAACCGGUACACUCACCAUGGCAACCGAUGCCGUGUCCACCAUAACACUAGACAAUGAGACAAUUUUCAGCACCAUGUCUACAAACUCUUCCGAUGACGACUCUUUCAUGGCGACAUCUGAGAGCUUUCUGACCGAGAACCUGACAACUGCAGGAAUGUUAGAAACCACGACCCAAGGAGAUGGGCGAACCUUUCGUUUUGAAGACUAUACUCAGAGAGCCAUCAUUGGAACCAUCGUCUGUCUGGUGGCUGUCGUCGGCUUUGUGGGCAAUGUCAUGGUCCUCCUGGCUGUCAUUUUGUCAAGGAAACUCCAAACACGCACCAACGUCUUCGUUGUCAACUUGGCUGUAGCUGACCUGGUGACGUGCUUCUCUGCACCCUUCUCGGCGGUGGCGCUAUUCAGCAUGAAUGGUUGGCCUAUGCCCGAAAUCGUCUGCUCCAUCAUGGCUGCCAUUGGCUUCGGUAGCCUUGCCUGUAGCAUCAUGACCUUGGCUGCUAUUUCUAUUAACCGUUUUGUUCUCAUCACUAAGACAACAGCUACCUACCGCUCCAGCUACACACCCAAGAAGAUUGCAGCUAUGGUGGCCUUCACAUGGGUUUACCCUGCUCUGGUGUGUUCCAUCAGUCCUAUCUUUGGAGUCGGUAAAUGGGGCUACUCAGAUAAGUACAAGACCUGCACCCAAGACACAUCCCACGAAACCAGUGACUUCUUCAGCUUGGUGGGCUCUGCCUUGAUCUACCCAAUCCCUCUGAUUGUCCUCUUCGUGUGCUACUUUAAGAUCUACCGCCACAUCACAGGCCACAUGAAGAAGAUGAUGGGGAAAGGCAAGGGAGUUGAAAUGACAGAUACUUCGAAUUCCUCCAACGUGGCAAGCACCACACAGCUCCACAAGAAUCCACCUGCCAGCUUCAGUAAGCGACAGGUGGAAAUCACUAAGAACCUGUUCUACGUGGUCUGUGCCUUCGUUGCUUGCCUGGCUCCCUUCGCCAUCGCCCUCAUGAUACCACCCAGCGACCCGGUCAUUCCUUGGACUGGGAUGAUCAUCAUCUUCAACAGCGCUAUCAAUCCGAUUAUCUACGGGGCCAAACACCCACACUUCAAGGAGGUGUUCCGUCACAUGUUGCGGUGUCGGUACCACAUGAUUCCUGAACCUUCUGGAUGCCUUCGGAAGAUAAGAUCUCGAUAGAUGACAUCAGACUUUUGUAUUUUCGUUGAAUGAUGAAUGAAAACCAAUCUCAAUUUAUGUCAUAGGAUGCAUGCUCACGAUCAAGAUACAUUGCCAGUUUAGCCAUAAAGAUAGUUACGUAAUCGGAUACGUCAAUUUGAUUUAAAUAAUGAACGGAGAAGAUUAUUUGUGUGAAAUGAAAAAAAUGAAAUUCAAAAUUCUUACAUGUAAUUAUUACACGAUAAUUUUUUCAAAAUUACAGAAAAUUAAACGGAUACUAGUUCUGAAACAUUAUCGGAUAAUAGUCUUUUUCCAAAACAUUGCCCUUGAAGGCUUGAACCGUGCCUUUUUAGAACGAAGGAUUACCUGGACGGUUUAGCUAUUUUAGUGAUCCGUUAAUAUGUGGAACUGUGCAGUUCUUAUAAUUAUGUUUAAUUGUAAAUUGUCUUUUCUUUCAUUAAUCAAUUGUCAUUCGGAUUUCCAUGUCUUUUAGACAUCGUGGACUGUACAAAUCAAUGGUCAUUGUAAAAAAAAUAUCUACGCAGGAAGUCAAGCAUCACAAUCACACGUAGAAUUAGGCUUUUUAAGUUAAAAGUUGAGUUCAGAAUGGAAAACAAAUGACUCGUGUUUUUUCAUUUCGAAGUCAAAGUUCGAGUUUCUCUGCACAUCAUAUGCU